AUGUCUUGCAACGACAUCAGCAAUCUCGGCUUCGAGAGCGGCCUAAACUACUGGUACACCGCGCCCAGCACUGUCGCCUCCGUUCAAAACGGUGACCUUGCUUAUGCCGGGUCCUAUUACCUGGACAUUGCAACAACCGCCUCCAACCCGUCCGGCACCGUCUCCCAGGAUCUCUACUGGCUCGAUAACGAGCAGUCCUACACUUUGACGGUGCAAUUCCGUCUCGCCGAGACCAUCUCGUCCGUCAACUCAUGCACCGUCAGCGCGUACCUCGGCGAAGAUUCUGAGGCCGGCGCAAUUGCCUCCGACCUCGUCUGGACCGCGGGCAGCUGGGAAACGCUUACCGGCGAGAUCCAGCCUACUGAGAGAAAUACAACGAUCAACCUCGCUGCUACGUGCACCUUUGGUGGUCCUGGUGCCAUUUCUGAGGGAAAUGUCCUUUUUGACGAGCAAUAUGGAAUAUGUGUCCAGGCAAGCAUACUCCUAACUGGGCCAAAAGGUCACUACGAUCAGACGCCCAUGGCCUGA